CCAGUUCGCUCCGGCUAGGAAUCCUUUGUUGAUGCAAUGACAACGGGAAAAAAAAGCCACCCACGUCGCUCUUUUUCAAAAAUGACAGCAGACCCCGCAUCUACAGACAGCAGCAAGACGACAUUCCCCUGUUUACUUGCUGAUACUUCUUCCCUACCGGUACGAGUUCCGACUUUUCAAACGCGUUCGACGUCAUGAGGCAGAAUCGCGCACCUUUGCGGACAGACUUCCUAGCUUGGGUGGCACUAAAAUUUCCGAUAAGAUAAGAAUGCGAUGGCAAAAAGACGUCAGGGUCCCCACGGCCGCAGCAUGCAUGGCGGGGUGCUAACGCACGCAGUGCGGGCAUAGAAUUAAUUUUCUGCUGGGAAGUUUCUGCCCGUCGAUUAUCCAUGCUGCCACCCACGCUCCUUUGGUCUCAGCACUCUCCUAUUACUAUACCGGCAAAUUUCACGCUGGCAUAGGUUAUUGGCGAAAAUGUCAUCUACAACGACAAAUUCCGCUGCGAUGGCAGACCCUCAUCAGCCGCCAUACUCCACCACGGAGGGCAGCAGUUUCACCAACAGAGAGUCUACCCCGCGCACACUGACCAGCAAUGUCAACCGGGAUAAUGGCCAGCUGCCGGUCGGUGUUGAAGAGGAUGAGGACGACUAUCUCGACGAUAUCUUUGAAGACGAUGACGAUGCGGCCGAGUACGAUCCCACAACCGGCGACCUAACCAAAACCUACAACCGGCAGCGCCAACUGAACGAUGGGCAGUCUUCAGGUGCGCCCCGGUCCAACGCGCAGAAACCCUCUGCCAACACAUUCGCAAGUGUCGAUGAUCAAAUAUCGGCCCUCUCUCGCCAUGCCGCGAAGUUGCGACUCGACGAUGUCAAGCAAACCCAAACCCGCGAGAAAGACAAGUCAGACCGUGCCACCAGCGAGUUGGUGCUUGACCAACGGACCCGAAUGAUUCUUUUACAACUCAUCAACCAGGGCUUUGUCGCUGAGGUGCACGGUGCUAUCAGCACAGGCAAAGAAGCAAACGUUUAUGGCGCCGUCUCGUACCCUGAUGGCGGUGACGGUGCCGCGGUACAGAAGGCAAUCAAGAUCUACAAGACCGCCAUCUUGGUUUUCAAGGACCGUGAGCGGUACAUUGCAGGCGAGCAUCGUUUCAAGUCUGGAGCUGAGAAGGGAAACAACCGCAAGAUGGUCAAGUUGUGGGCCGAGAAGGAGUUCCGCAACUUGAGGCGCAUAUACACUGCUGGAAUUCCCUGUCCCGAGCCGAUAAAGCUGAAGCUUCAUGUCCUCGUUAUGAGCUUCCUUGGCGAUCGCAAAGGCUGGGCAUACCCCCGUCUCCGUGAUGCCAACAUCCAAGGCGAAGAUUCAGACAAGCAGUGGCGUGAUCUCUACGCACAACUUCUUGGGCUCAUGCGCCGGAUGUACCAGGUCUGCAGACUGGUUCAUGCCGAUUUGAGCGAGUACAACAUUUUGUACAACGAUGGAAAGCUGUAUAUCAUUGAUGUGUCUCAAAGUGUUGAGCAUGAUCAUCCACGCUCUCUCGAGUUCUUGAGGAUGGAUAUCAAGAAUAUGGGAGAUUUCUUCCGUCGCAAGGGUGUCGACACGCUCUCUGACAGGACAAUUUUCAACUUCAUCACAGCGACUGAGGGACCGGUCGAGGAGCCUGCAAUGUCGGAAGCUGUAGAUCAUCUCUACGAAGUUCGGCCAACACUUGGAGACUCGGACCAGGCGAUUGCCGAGCUUGAGGUCGACAACGAGGUCUUCCGAAACCAGUAUAUCCCUCAAACACUAGAGCAGGUUUAUGAUAUCGAGAAGGAUGCUCAGAAGCUUGGUCAAGGCCAAGGUGAUGACCUUGUCUACCGCAAUCUUCUUGCUGACACUGUCGUCAACAAGAAGGACGACGGUGCCGAGGAAGACGAGAGUGCCUCAGGGUCCGAUGGAGGCGCGUCGGUCGAUAGCGAAGACGACAGUGAAGAGGAUGAGAGUCGGUUUGAGAAGGGCAAACCCCGUGGAAAGAGGUUUGAGGAUAAGGACGAGAAAAAGGAGCACAAACAAGCUGUCAAGGAGGCGAAGAGGGAGAAACGUAAGGACAAGAUGCCCAAACACCUCAAGAAAAAGCUUGUCAACAGCUCCACCCGGAAGAAGAAAUGAUCUUGAUGAUAAAAGAAAAAUAAAAGAGGUCAUCAGUUUCGCAAUUUUGUUCUCCAAAGUGCAAUCCAGUAGCCGUCAUCUGUUACUAAGAACACUGUUGCAUCCAUUGUUUAAGCUUAUAUAUACUCAGAUGUCGGAUGAUGAAGCUUUAAAGAACAACACGGCAACUCGGCUGAACUUGUUGCGUUGAGGGGGUCAAAUCCCAUAACCACAAGCCAAGCCCCGUGAUUUGUUCCUGAUCAUUGCACCAAAUAUGUGCAGAUGAUGAUCAAAGAGAGCCCUGACGACGAAAGAAAUGUCUAUCGCACAGUGAAAACUACCCAACAAAGCACCACAAUGCCUUCUGUCGUGCCAUCCUAUCCCUCUUAAACCAAAGGAUGUCUCCUUACCUUGCCGUCCGCUGAGCUCUUGCCCCACCGAAUGCCAGGAACCUCUUUACGUAGACACAGGCUCCCAAUGCUCCAUGAACGUCUCGACAAUGACGCCAUGGUCCUCAUGCUGCUUCAACCCACUGACGACGACGACGGCAACGACGCCCUCGACGCCCUUGACCCUGACGGGGAACCCACCGCCGUGUAUGGCGUAUCCCGAAGCCUCGUCGGGGGACAUGCCAAACUUUGCGCGGAACUUGUCCUCGUCGCCGGCGUACUUGCAGUGCAUGAGCCAGGUGCUGCAGCCCCAGCGCAAGACGGUGCUGCGCUUGCGCGCCACCCAGCGCUCGU